UUCAGUGACUCUCUUCUGCCGACAGACAGACCGGCCUUCAGUUGCGCCGACGGGUCACUAGCGCUGCCCAAAGAGGGCUUCACUUUGCCCUCAAAGUGCUGGCAAUGGGAGACGGACUGGUAUAUUGAGACCAACAUCGAGGGCGAGCCCCUGGAGCCCGAGGGCUGGUCCUAUGCCAUUGAUUUCCCCAUGAAGUUUGGGACAGAGAAGCGCUGGCAGUCACUGGUCAGACGGCGCCGGUGGCUCAGGUAUGUUUGUGUCAACGAAUGGGCACUCGUGGAGUCAAUUCAUGGAGACUUUGUGGCCGAACCCUUCAUUGACAUAUCGACGGGUGGGUACGAUAUGCCCGGCUCUCAGAAGGAUGUGUUAGCCGUUUGGGCGGUGACUGUCAUUGGAAGAGUGAUUUACAGGACAGGGAUCGACAAGUUUUCUCCGGAAGGUGUUUCAUGGGUUAUCGUUGAGGUGCCCGUCGGUUGGGAAGUGAAUCAAAUAUCUUGCGGACCGACUGGACUGGUUUGGACGGUCGCGUGGGACGGGUCGGCAUUAGUGCGGACGGGAAUAAAUAGA